AUGGCGCAUGAGGAUGAAUACAUGACCCUGCCUGCAGGUAAGAGGCACAAGCCGACGAGGGGACAGAUGUCCCUCGAGGACGAAGAUGAGAAGGUGCGGAGAGAGAUAAAAUUCAGGGAGAGUUUGGCUUUCGCGGCGAGCUACAUGCAGAAAAUAAGAAGCAAACAAGCCGCCACGUCCUCCAGCUCGCACAUCACCCCCGUCUCAACGAGAGCCUCCUCCCACAAUGAAAGCAGGACGCCGGCAACGUCGCUACUCUCCACCACCGACGCGGGCCGACCCGCCAGCGGUCGUAUCAGCCGCGGCCGCCUCUCCUUCCGACCAUCAAAUGCCAGUGGCCUCGCCGACCUUGCCAACAAGAAUACGAUAUCAAGGGACAAUACCACCGGCGACGAGGAGCGGGAGGCGAAGCUCUUGGCUAAAAUGGGCAAGAAGAUCUGCAACACGUCGCAGCAGGCAACAAAGUCCGAGGCGGGUCACGGCGAGUGGCGUAACAGGGGCAGCAGAGUGCGCAGAGGCCUAAGUGAAGCCCUGGACGAAGACCUCGCCCAGCUGGAGGAGGAUCCGUUCGAGGGCUGGGGUGAACCCUUGCCCCUACGCAUGCCGUCCCCUCCCUCCUCAAUUGUGGAUCCGGAGGGUUUUCAGAAGGAGAUUCCGGACUCAUGA